AUGGAGUUUGAGUGCCGCCAUGUGGCAGCCAUCGGUACUGUCACAGAGUCUGCUGGGAUGCAGUACUGGCAUGCUUUUGGUAUUGACCAACUUUUUAGAUUUGCUUAUAACUGCUUUAAAAUCAAAAUCAAAACGUGGAAGAAACGCUGGUUCGUCUUUGAUCGCAACAGACGCACACUAUCCUACUACUCAGACAAGCACGAAGUCAAGUUGAAAGGAGUCAUUUACUUCCAAGCUAUUGAAGAAGUAUACUACGAUCACUUGAAGAAUGCACACAAGAGCCCAAACCCCUCCCUGACCUUCAGUGUGAAGACUCACGAUAGGGUCUACUACAUGGUUGCUCCCUCUCCCGAGGCCAUGAGGAUCUGGAUGGAUGUGAUCGUCACAGGCGCUGAGGGAUACACUCAGUUCAUGGUGUAGUGAAGCAGAUGUUUUUUUAAUGCUCCAGUC